GGGAUUUGUGUAGUCUAUCUUGUCAGGAUGCUGGCCUUAGUAGUUGGACUGUUGUAUCUAGUCGCUGGACGCGCGGUGCGAAGCCAGGAUGCUACAGGUAGCCGCUUUGUAUGUAACGCUAUUCCUCCGGGCGCAGAGCCCGGCUGCGGGUAUGGUCCUACGGGGAACCGUGUCCAGAGCAGCAGCCCAGUGGAGGACGAGCUUCGGAAUACGAUCAUCCAGCUUAGGGAGACCAUCCUGCAGCAGAAGGAGACCAUCGUGAGCCAGCAGGGAACCAUCAAGGAGCUCAACUCAAAGCUUGCGCGCUGUGAGGCGGCAGCCGACGAGUCGUCGCAGGGCAAGUCCCGAGGUCAGGGCUCCAGACGGAAGGAGUACGGCAAGAACACCAUGGGAGACUUGCCCCGGGACCCCAGUGAAACUAUAGAUCAACUGGGCAAGACCAUGCAGAGUCUUAAAGGUCGGCUGGAGAACUUGGAGAGUUUGCGUCUCCCCAUCACAAAUGUGUCAACCGCUGGUGUCUCGGCCCUGACUCCCUUGCCACCAGAGCUCAGGGAGCUGCUGCGGCAACGUUUGGGGGCGCUGGAGACCCAGCUCCUCCGGAAGGUGGCUGAGCUGGAGGAGGAGAAGAGCCAGCUCUACAAUGAAACAGCAGCCCACCGCCAACGCACCGAGAGUGCGCUCAAUUCCCUCCUGGAGAGGAUCACAGAGCUCGAAAAAAAUAAUAAUGCCUUCAAGUCACCUGAGGAUUUCAAGGUGUCCCUUCCUCUCCGUACAAACUACCUGUAUGGACGCAUCAAGAAGAGCCUCCCGGAGAUGUACGCCUUCACUGUCUGCAUGUGGCUCAAGUCCAGCGCUAGUCCGGGAAUAGGAACUCCAUUUUCAUACGGCGUUCCAGGCCAGGCCAAUGAGAUAGUCCUCAUCGAAUGGGGGAACAAUCCCAUUGAGCUACUAGUCAAUGACAAGGUGGCCCAACUCCCUCUGUCAGUGAGUGACGGGCGCUGGCACCACAUUUGCAUCACCUGGACAACUAGAGAUGGUUUCUGGGAGGCUUACCAGGAUGGCGAGCGUUUAGGCACUGGGGACAACCUGGCCCCCUGGCACCCAAUUAAACCUGGAGGGGUGAUCAUCCUGGGCCAGGAGCAGGACAUUGUGGGAGGCCGUUUUGAUGCCACCCAGGCUUUUGUGGGCGAGCUGAGCCAGUUCAACAUGUGGGACAGAGUACUGCGGCCUGUGGACAUCAUGGGCCUGGCCAACUGUUCAGCAUACAUGCCUGGAAACGUGGUUCCUUGGAUUGAUGCUAACGUGGAAGUGUUUGGAGGUGCCACCAAGGCUGCUCUGGAAAUCUGUGAAGACCGUGCUUUUGAUUCCUAA